UUAUAACAUUUGUGCAUUUGCCAUUUUUUUCUUAUUUUCUAAUAUAGCAAUGCUCAAAGUAACUUUAACAUUUCUCAUUACAGUUUGAAAUAAAAAUAUUACAUGUAAUACUGACGUACUGAAAACUAUAUAUAGCCUUUGUGCUGCGCAGAAAUAACACCAAAUAUAUGUUGAAACUGGUAUUGUAGCUCCCCAAUUCACAUCAAAUUUUAAAUUCGUGAAAGAAAAUUAAAAAGGAAAAACAUUGCUUACAUAUAGGAAUCUCUGGUGAAAAGAUCAUAUCUAGUGUCGCUGACCAAUGAAUUAGGACUUUGAUUUCUGCUCUAUGCAUGAUGUUGAUGCAGUUAUAACAACAAGAAUCAAUGAUAUUAUUGCUGGCAAAGAAAUACUAUGUAAACUCAGUUUUGACAAGCAAGCAGAAAUUUUCAACUCUGUCAUGGUGGAAGUCAAUUAAAUAAAAAAUGAAAAAAAAGAGCAAAUGUCCCUAAAAAAGCAAAAUCAAAAGCUUUUGGAUUUGACAGUGAAAGAGGAGUCUCAUCAUUAUGGUGCAAUAUUGGAAACUGACACAUUGUUCGGGACCAUCUCUACAGAAAAUAAGUUGGAAAAAGUUUCUUCUGACCAUGCAGCAAAUAUUCUAGAGAAAUUUGACAAAACUCAUGAGUUUGAUGAUAUGUCAAGUGAAGCUCGUGAAAAGUUGAAAUCCGAAAUGUGGCUAACUAAAGAAGACUUGAAAAAGAUCAAUGAUAAGAUACUAGAAGAGAAAAUGAUUGACAGAAGCACUGCUUUGACUCUGUCAAAUUUUGAUAAAACACUAAAGAGUAUGACAUUUAAUUAUCCCAUGGAAGUAAUCAAAACAGUCAUGGAAAACACUUUGCGAGAAGCUUUGGAAGAAUUCGAUAGAAAUAUGAGAUCGGAAGGCUUGGAAAGAAGAAGAAACCUUCUUCAGGAAAGCAUUAAAAACAAACUGGAUGAUUUUACUGAAGAUAAUAAUUGCAAAGUGGAAAAGCUAAAAAGGAAAAUAUCUUCUAUUCUCCUUGAGGAAUACAAAAAAAGAAUAGAAUCGGAAAUGAAAAAAGUAUACAUUAAGGAUCUAGAGGAUUUUUGCGAGAAAGUCCGCAUUCGUCUAGUUAAAAAGGUUGAUUGUAAUGUUUUAGCUAUGGAUUCGGGAAUUUGGGGAGUAGAUCAGGCCAUUGAAGCAUUCAGAUCAACAAUAAAAACACAGCUGGAAAAGGAAGACAAAGCAUUUAUACGGAUGAAUGAUGAUAUUUGGUGGUGGCGGUGGUUUUCGAAAUUGUAUUACUGGUUUUGGCCUCCACAUCUAGAAGAUAUCUUAAAAAAUAUUGAUCAAUUUAAAAUUGAUAUCACGUCUGAGAUUAGCGAUGUUGGGAAGCCAGUUGUAAAAAGUGGAUGGACUGACGAAGAAUCUCAUCAGAGUACAUCUCCACUUUGUUCUUAGAAUUAAAAACUACACUUAUACUUUUGCAAAAAGCAAGACUCCGUCAUAAUGUUAGGCCGACUAGCGUUCUAUCUGCACCUUUUAUAUCAGAGCUAUUGGCAUAUUACUGUUGAACGAAUUCGCUUGCUGAGUGUGUAAAUAUGACAACGGAAGAAGACAUUUUCUUAUAUCUUAUAUGCGGAAAGUAUAUGUAUUUCUUCAAAAGUCCUCGCUUCUAUUAGUUCCCGUAAGUCAAUGUAGUCCUUUGUAAAUAUGUUUGUUCCAUCAGUCUAGGUUUUAGUUGAUACUGUGUACUUGUUUAAAUUGGUGUGCAUAUGUAUUCUUAUGAUAAUGAUCACAGAGUACAAUAAUUCCUGUAAAGACUCCACAAUUACUUUUAUUGAUUCUUACCAGCAUUCAGAGCACAACUUGUGUAAUUUUCCGAACUUCAAAGUAAUAAAAAUUAAUCAUAAAACUAAUUAUACUGUAUAAUAUUACUAGCCAUUGAAAGUGAAUAAAACCGACUGCAGCGAUGUUAGGUCCAGCUUUUUGAAAAAUGUUUUUACGCGAAUAUAUGUAUAAGUGUUCAUU